AUGCCUAACCUGAGGCAUCAGGAGCUUGCCGAGUCUGACAUCAAGCUUUACGUUGAGGAUAAGCUCGUCAAGAACUUAGCCUCUAAAGAUUCUCAACGGCCCGCCACUCUAGCGUCGGAAGAGAUGUGUGAAUUAGUCGAAAUGGUCGUGAACAAGGCGGAAGGUGUUUUCUUAUGGGUUCGCCUGGCUAUUGAAUCCCUGCUUCGAGGCAGUCGGAAGGACGACGACUGGGGACUUUAUGUCAACGUAUCGAGCAAUUGCCAGAAGCGAUUUCCAAUCUCUAUGAACACAUGUGGAAGCGAAUGGCACUCGACCAAGCUUUCUACGCAAAGGAAGCUGCAGCCUAUUUUCAAUAUAUCCGGCGAUUUGGCCGUUGUUCCUUGA